AAUCGAAAAUAUGUUGAAAGCAUUAAAAUGAUUAUGUUAAUGAUUUAGCCAAUUGAGUCCAGAUGAGAGGAGCUGGAUCGCCAGUGCUGAUGCUGCACGCAUGGACCAAGUCAUGUGGUGCAAGCCUAGGCUCAAGACAGUUUUGGGGGUCUUGAAGUGGUGGUGCUGCCUGGUUCUAGUGGUUUUCGGGAGUUUUCUGGAUGAGGCGCUAGCAAAUGAUGAUGGCAUAGUCGAUUUGAUAGAAUCCUCCAAGCUUUACGAUGAACCAGAUGGUAUCGUGAGGAUUCUAGGCAGAUGUUGGAAUGACACAGAACGAAGUGAACCGAAGAAAUCCGAUUGGGCGUACAGAUGGAGCGAGCAGGCUCAGAUUUCGCUAACGACGCAAGACCACUUUCCGGAUGGCUUUCCCACGGAUUUUUCCAUCCUGAUCGCUGCCAGGCCCUCCCCAGGUAGGUAG